AUGCCGGGCAUCAGCCACAAAGGUUCCUUCCAAGCUACGGAGACGGCUUCCUCGGAAGCUGUGGGCCUGGCCGAGCCUCAGCGGCCGCCACAAGCAGCACGGCCUGGGGGGCCGGGGCCCGGGAAGGCGGGCAGUCGCCUGGCGGAGCCCGGGGGACAGCGGUCUGCUCGGAAGCCCCCAGGAAGAGACGGCGCCCGGCGCUCGGGGCGAGAGGCCAGACAGCGGCCGGGCAGGAGCGGCGCCCCGGACGUGCUCCCCAGGGCGCACCUGGCGCCUCCCGUGGGGUUCGCAGCGGGGUGUGUCCUGCUGGGAGAGAUUAGAGGGCCUUCCGAGACCGGCGCGCAGGGGCAGAGGCGGGGAGAGCCGGAGGGCCGGGCGCGGGAGCCCACCCUGCUCCUCCCAACCGCAAGUGCGCUGAGGCCGGGACGCGGGGAGAAGGGCGCUGGCCCAAGGGCGCGGCCCGGGGCCCCUCGCGUGCGCCGAGACCUGCCGGCCUCCCCCUGCGGCCCCCGGCAGCCGCCCGCCGCCUCCCGCGCGCACUCGCUUGCCUCCCCGGCCGGAAGCGCAGAGACCAGGGGUGUCCCUUUGAUGCCGCCGCCCAAGCCCAGGGCGGCGAAGACUCUUGGCAGACGGGACCCGGGCUCCCCAGCCUGUGAACUAAAAGCCGAGGACCCACACUCGGGGCUGCUUCUCCGCAAGCGCAGGCAGCGAGCGGGGCCUGCGUGGUGGCCGCGCGUGUACUUCGUGAGCGCCCUGCGGGCUCACGCGACCCGCGGGGAGGUGCCCAGGGCGACCCCACGGCCGCAGAUGCUCGGGGGGAGACUGAGUCCUGCCCUUCUGGAAAGCCCGCGGCGACACUCGGGCUCAACGAGAAAUGGUCUCCGCAGUAAACAGUUUCCCACACAUUCAAGUUUGCAAACUGUGACCAUGCGGCCCACCCGCCUGACUCUUCGCCCGGCCCGCCCGCCCGAAGUGGCCGCCGCAGCCUUCCCGCCGCCGCGCCGUCCCGCGGUCCCCCAGGGGCUCCCGGGCCGGUCCCGCCCGGCCCCCGGGGGGCGCAGCGCCCGCCUCGCCGCCUCCUCCCUCCGCCCGGCCGCGCGGUCCGGCGGGGCGGGAAGAUUGAUAUUAAUCGAAACCUAUCUGAAAAUUUUCCAUAUUGCAGAGACUUGUCGGGAAACCUACUUUGUUGGUGGGCAGCUCUUGCCCAGAUGCAGGCCCUGGGCUGCUGGCACUCUGGCUGGGGAGGGCAGCAGCUUCAACACCAUGGUGCAUCCUGAAUACUCAGACUUUGCCCUGGGUGGAGAUGCCAAGUGA